GAUGAGGAAGUAGCUAAUAGCAAGUCAACACGUCUGCAGGGCUGACACUAGUACCUACUCUUUUUCAACCUCAUAGACACACAAUUGCUGUGGUUGAGUACAUUUAGAAAGGUUUGCUAUUGAAUGAUUUCCUUCAGCAUGGAGGAUGAUGGACUGAAGGAUAGCUUGAGGCUACAGUUCCAGGCCCUUCAAGAACAACAAGAGAAACGGCUCCAGACAAGAUUAGAGCAACUGAAACAAAAGAAGUUGGAGAAGACCCCUAACGGUUCUUCUGGGCUCCUCCAAGUCCAGGAUGACUUGAAUCUUGCAGGGCAAGAUAAUGCAGCAGAAACAGUUAACGAAAAACAGCUACAGAAUGAUAAUGAACAGUUGCACGUACAAGUGAGAGAAUUAAGAGAUGAAAACGGCCGCCUCUUCAAACUUCUUAGUGAGAAAGAAUUUGAAUUAAAACACUUGAAGAAGAAGAGGGAGGAAGACAGGCUGGCUCUUGCAGGAACAUCUGGCAUGGCAGGUGAUGUAGCAGCCACUAAGAUUGUGGAACUUUCAAAGAGAAAUCGAGAGUUACGUGCUGAGAUUGAACAGGAAAAGGUUAGGUCAAAGCAAUCAAGCAACAGAGUUAAAGAACUUGAGAAAGAGGUUGCUUUGUCACUUAAUCAUCUGGGACAAAAGACAGAUCUGAAAACAAAGGAUAUGCAGUCUGCAGAAGAUUUUCCAGAGAACAGUGCAAUGGUGAAAUCACUUCAAGAAAAAUUCUCCGCUGCCCAAUACAAGAUGACAGAAUACCGCAACCAGAUUCAGGCUGUCAAACAGGAAUUGAAAAUAGCUCAGAAGGUGAUAAUGAAUGAGGUGGGGGAGGAGGUCAACAUCCAGCAGCUACUUAGCAGCCAAGGGAAUUGGAGGGGCCGCUCUCAGCAGAUACUGGCCCUCCAGAAUAGGGUGCGGGACUUGGAGCAGCAGUUGAACCAGUCAGCUCAGCGGAAGCAGCCCAGUAUCUUGAGGGAUGAAGAGGAGCUGCUUGGGGUCCAACCAAAAAACCCUCCCCAGGAGAGAAAUAUCAGCCAUAUCCGAUCCAUGGAGAGAGAGAAGAGAGAAACGCUCGAGCGGCUAACAGGGGUGUACGAGUCUCUCUUGAAAGACCACGAGGAUGUCAAAAAGAAGCUGGAAGGCUCUAAGGCCAGAAACAAAGCUCUGACCACCGAGGUGAAGUCCUUGAAGGUGCAGGUCUCCACCCUUCUGGACAAGGGGAAACACGACAAUGAGCUUGUAGAUGCCUUACUGAGGCAGCAGAGUCAGCUGCAGGGCGUAUUGACCCGGCUCAGCCAGCAGGACGCGCAGAGCAAGGAGAGCCAGCAGACCCUGGGGCAGCAGCUGAACAGCGAGGCCCAGAAGCACAGCUCUCUCAUCCAGCAGCUCAAACAGAUGGUCUCCGAGAGGGAGGCCAAAGUCAAAGAACUGGAGGAGGAGAUCGAGCAGCUCUCCUUCAAGGGAGAGAAUGGCAGUCAGUCAAGCUCCAAGUCUGCCAUUUGCAGCUCCAAGCCUUCGACAGCAGGGGGCAACAGUAGCAAGAGAUUAAGCUCUGCACGGUGUCUUUCCAAACUUGGAUAUAAACUGGUGGAGUCGAGCUUACUGGUGGACACCGGAGACUCUGGGCCUCCCCUCAGUAGUCAGGCCGACUCAGUGGAGUCCCUGAUGGCCCAGCGUAUGGAGUAUAAAACCCUGUACCAGGCCGUCAGUGUGGAGAGAGAUCGACUUCUAGAACUAGUUAAGGUCCAGCAAACCAGGGAGGAGGAGGUGAAGCGCAGGUGCUCCGAGGCGGAGCAGAGGUACCAGGGUGAGCGUCGCAGGGCCGUGAUCCUGGAGCAGCAGCUGGAUAAGGCUAAGCUGGACCUCGGCAAAGGGUCGACUCCGCGUAAAUCGAGCGACAAGAACAGGGGCGGAACGUCCUCCAGCCUGACAGUGCUCUCUGGGAGAGCGGACGAGUUAUUCCCUCGGAGCCCUCGAGGCCUGGCCAGGGACUCUCAAAUAAGUGAACUAAGUACCCAGCUGGCUAUUCAGCUGGAGGAAACAGAGGCACUGAAGGCAGCGCUGAAGAGCACUCUCCAGGCCAAAGAAGAGGACCUGCAGCUCUACAAUGACAUGAUGAGCCAAGUCAAGCAUGUAUUCCUGCAGGCUCUGCGACAGCACAAGCAGGAUACGAACCAGGGGAGUUAACAAAGCCGGCUCCUGUUGGACUUCAAGUCUGACAGCAGCCUUCCUACUCCUGUCACUUGUGCUUCAAGGAAGGACAGCUUGAGCAAAACAGGCCUGUCCGUGUCAACAUUGCACAAUGUCACAACUGAUUCAGUGGACCCUUCAUACUCUCAGUCCUUCCAACUAGAGGACUGCUCGGUCUUGUGGCCCCCUCUUGCGAAUAUAAGUAGACCAAUCAAACCGACGGGAUAUGGGGUGGCACAGCUUAUCACCAGCUGCCCCCGAAGGCAUCAGAGAAGUGCUUUGACUGUUGAUUGUGGAAAUGGUCGGGCGCUGAUAGAAUGUCUUAAGAAGUGCUCUGUGUCAUUGUCUGUUCUAAAUGUCACUGACAUACCAAUUUAAGAUGAGUUAGUGUCUCAAGUCUGAUAUAUAUCUAUAUAGAAAGCAUAUAUAUGAUGCUCAUGCAUCAUGCUAAUAUGGUGUGCAACUGGUUAUAAAAACGGUUGGAAUAAUGUAUCCUAAUUAAUUAAUAAUUUUAUGAAUGAAAUUAAACUGUUAACUUGUUGUGGUACUAUAUGAUACAUAUUGAAUAUAUCCUUAUUUCACUGCCGUUUCUUUUGGCUGUAUUAGAUCACAUAAAUAUUAUACCACGAAACCCAAAUGGUAAAUAUUUUUGAGUGAAGUCCCUAAAUAGUUCAAGAUUCUUCAGAUCUAUUGCAACUAAUCUCUUCUGACUUAAAACCAGCUGUUUGGGAAUAGUGGUUGAGAACUGACGCCGAUUUAAGAUACACAAACUCCCUCUUUGCUGCUCUAUGCGUUCCCCAGAGCAUGUCAAAUGCAUAUAUGACCUUAGCUUCUCACUCCACUUGUGGAUUCUAAAGAGCUGUCUCAUCUGGGUAUCCUAGUGGGAGUGGCUUCCACAUUCAUACCAACAUCCGAGUUAUUUUCUUCCUAUGUAGCCAAAAGAAUUUCAGCAAAGCCCCCCUCCUCCAUUCCUCCACAUCACGCUUAAUUUAAACCCAUGGCUGAGUUAGUGUGCUGCUUCAAAUACCGCACUAUUUCUUCCAGAACCCUGUGGGAGAUUGGCAGGUCCCGGCUGUCCCAAGUGAAAAAGUGCCACAAGACAAAAAUAUCAGCCUUUGGAUGUGAUGAAGAAAGCCUUUAUGCUGUGAGAAACAAAAGACAGCUUGUGUCGAACACCUCCUGGAUUGAAGGUUUGAAUGACUCCUUUCUCCAUCCUUCUCCUCAGAGGGAUUCCCUCGUUCUGGACCAAUGCUUCCUGUAGACCAUUGACUGCAUCCAGAAACUUGAGUAAACAGCAGUGCUAUGAACGCAGAGGUUAAAGUUAGCCGUCACUGUAUGAGGGAUCUGACAACUUUUCUCAGGCACUAGAAGCCGUGUGUGCUUGUAUGGAGCCCAUUCAUUUCACAGUAGAAAGAAACCUCUCAUUUACAUGUAAUGGAAAGAAAAUAAACAACCGUUUUAGCUGA